ACUGAAAAUACCCUCACCACAUCUAUGGAUUCCAUCAGGCUGGUAGCAGAGGGUUUAGCAGCUCUGCUCGCUCUUUUCUUCAUCUGCAAUAUUUGGCAAAAGAAGAAAAGAGAAGCAAGAGGCCGACUACCAGAACCGGGCGGUCGUUGGCCAAUAGUCGGACACCUUGGCCUGCUGACGGGAACCACACCUCUCUAUAGAACUCUCGCUGCUCUUUCAGAGAAGCUGGGGCCUCUCUUCAGUCUCCAAUUGGGACAAAGGCGUGCCAUUGUGGUGAGCAGCAUGGACCUCGCCAAGGAGUGCUUCACUGUCAAUGACCGAGCCUUUGCCGGUCGGCCUCAGCUAGAAGGUUGGAAACGCCUUGGCUACAAUCGUGCCAUGUUCGUAUUCAGCCCAUAUGGACCUUACUUUCUUGAACUCCGCAAGAUCGUCGCCAACAAGCUGCUCUCAAGCCAGCAACUCCGACUGGUCAAACACAUCCAGGUCGACGAAGUGGGUUCCUUGGUGCAGCGAUUGUAUCGCAGUUGCAGCAACCUUGAGCCGGUUGAGAUGAACCAUCAUUUGACCUGGUUGGCUAUGAACAUUGUCCUCAGGGUGGUCGCCGGAAAACGGUACUUUGAUUUAGGCGGUGAAGGAAAAGAGUUUAGAGAAGCUCUCGGUGAAUUUAACAAUCUAGUUGGUACGUUCACCCUCUCUGACGCGAUCCCGUGGCUGGGGUGGCUAGAUCUGAGUGGCCACCUGCAGGCCAUGAAGAGGGUUCACCAGAAGAUGGAUGAAGUUGCCUCGGCUUGGCUUGCAGAGCACCGCCGGAAGGAGUCCAGUGGCGCCGGUGAGGAGAGUGACUUGAUGGACGUGCUCAUUAAAGAAUUAAAAGACGGCCACUUGUCGGAAAAUGUUUUGGUAGUAGCCGGGACAGAGAGCACGGCAGUCACACUUGAGUGGGCUCUCUCUCUCUUGCUAAAUAACCCACAUCUCUUAAAGAAAGCCCAAGAUGAGUUAGACUGCCAGGUCGGCAAAGAGCGACAAGUGGAUGAAUCAGAUCUCAGUAACUUGCCUUAUUUGCAAGCUAUAGUCAAAGAGACAAUGCGCCUACACCCAACCGGACCACUUUUGGUCCCACACGAGUCAACGGAACCAGUUCAACUUGGUGGGUUCGAGGUGCCGGUUGGCUCAAUCCUGUUUGUUAAUGUGUGGAAGAUUCAUCACGACCCGACAUUGUGGGCGACCCAGAAGAAUUCAAGCCAGAGAGGUUCUUGA